CAUCUUUCAAAUUCCUUGGAAGGAAUAAUGUUCUAUUAAUCUUGAAGAUUCUUACUCUUCGUCAUCUCCUUGCAAGGCAUCCUAAUAAAGUUUGCAUUACACUUUAUCAAGAGACCUUCCUUCUUAUCGAAAGCAGAUAAAGCAUCAAGCAAUUCAUCAUUCCUCUUCCUUCGUCAAGAUUUCGUGGGAAUGGAGCGGAAUUGAUUUGAGAAUAUUCUUGUACUGACACCAACCGUUGUAAUAGAUUUCAGGAUCAAAUCUAGAUUCUAUAGGUCGAAUACAUUGCAUGCACUCAUAAUAUUACAAUACUGAAUAAGAAACGACAAGGAUAUUAUCAACUUUCCACCACUUGACACACGACUCAGCAAAACGGAACUAAACUGAAUCGAAGGCAUCUUCUGCUCGUGAUAUCGCAUAUCCAUACUGCCGAAAACAAACCCAUUGCACCAACAAAUAAAGCACUUGCACAAGUACUCAACGAUGAGCUACUCUCAAGAUUUGCAGCAGCUGCAGCAGCAGAGGGUAAAAGUAGUGGCGGGAUACGCUUUGCAACAAAGACUGGGCUCCGGGUCCUUUGCGACUGUUUACAAGGGAAUACGGGUCGAGCAAAAAAAGGAGUCGCAACAAGAGCAGCCGCAAACGAUGAGUGAUGACGACGAAAAUGAUUCUUCUUGUGAUUCUUCCACUACACAGCGGCAAGACAAAGAGCCUCCCCGGGCGGUAGCCAUCAAAGCUAUUGCCCGAACCUCUGAAAAGCUCACCAAAAAAGUACUUCAGAAUCUUGAAAUCGAGAUUUCUAUAUUACGAACCUACCGACAUCCGAAUAUUGUUUGCAUGCACGAUGUUCAAAAGACUGACCGUCACUUUUAUUUAAUCCUAGAGUACUGCGGUGGCGGGGAUGUACAGCACCUGAUUCGGUCCCGCCAAAAGGGACGCCUGUCAGAGCGUUUUACCCGACGACUGAUGCGGGACCUUGCCAGCGGCUUGCGUUUUUUGUGGGGCCAGGAACUGAUUCACAGGGACAUCAAACCGCAAAACUUGUUGCUGACUGGCCGCAUUCCACCAGAAGAACUGGUGGACAACCCUCCCCUCGAAAACGCUGCUACUAGUUGUUCCGAAAGCAUCCACGACGACCCGAACCAGGGGUUUUCUCUCAAGAUUGCAGAUUUUGGCUUUGCGAGGCAUUUACAAACAGCCUCAUUGGCGGAAACUUUGUGCGGAUCACCUUUGUAUAUGGCGCCAGAAAUUUUGCAACACCAUCGGUAAGUGGAAAACUGAUUCGAUCCGUUCCUUCGUAAGUUUCAGCAUCACGCGUAAGGGCAAUCCCUCUAAUUGUUCAACAUCACAUUUCUCUUCCAUKAAACAGGUACGAUGCAAAGGCAGAUUUGUGGAGUGUAGGGACAGUUCUCUUUGAGAUGAUUGCUGGGCGACCCCCCUUCAACGGAGAGAAUCAUAUUGACUUGCUGAGGAACAUCCAGCGGAAGGCAGUCCGAUUGCCCCAUGAUGUUCGAGUUAGUAAGGCCUGCGUGAACUUACUCCGGAUCUUACUCAACCGAAAUCCACUGAGCCGUGCUGGUUUUAAAGAAUUCUUUGAGGCAUGUGACGCUUUUGUGGCUCUUGGGUGCGGAGGAGUGGCCACUGGGGACUACGAAGGUGGUGUUAACACCAACAGCAGCAUCACAAAAGGAGGCAGCAACAGCAAAACAAUCGGGGGUGGAAUUGUCGGAGGAAUCAAUCGCAUCGCCACAAAAGAUCUUGGAACAAUACAUGAAAACGAUCACAGUGGAACCAAUCCUACUUCGUCAGACAGUCUAAUGACGGUCGAAACCACCGCAGAACGCAAUCAACAGGAAGUGGCACCAACAAAUACUGUUAAUGCGACUUCAGUAGUGAGUACAAAUGCAACAAGAACGAUGCAUCCGCACCAAAAACAUCAACAACCGUUACCGCCUAGUAAAAUUUCUCCAAACAUUGGAUAUCAGGCGACAUCAAAUUUCAUUCCAAACUCGAUAAGUAUGGGCAAUAACAGUGCCAAUCCACAACUAAGUGGUCGGCCACAAACAUUUUACCAACAGCCAAACAAUCGAAAUCGAUUGGCCCCUUUGCAAUCUAGCCCACCAUCGUCGACUGGGAUAUUGUAUUUAAACAGUAGGAUUCCAGCCCCUCUACCUUCUCCUACGACCCAAAAUGCUGAAGAGCAGCAUCCACAGCCACAACGACAUCGACAACAAACACAGCACCAAUCCACUGCAGGGUACUACGCUGCAGGAGCAGCAAACGGAAAUAGCGUUUCGCAAUCUCAAGUUUCGAGCAAUGAUGACAGUGGAUUCGUCAUGGUCGAACACACAAAAUCUCCGACUUCGUCCCAACACUUCUAUGCCACUGGUUCACAGCAGAACCUUCAUCGAAACAAUGAAAUUACAGAACAUCGCGCUCGCUCCUCGAAAGGAAUGCUCAGCACCAGUCCAGGAACUGGAAAGUUGCUUUUGGGCAUGGUGGGUCGGGCAACGAUUGGCUUUGGUGUCACUGUCGGAAACAAUAACGCACCUUCCUCGCAUACUGUACAACACCAACAACUCAAUCAUACUACGAGAAUGACCAAGGUUGUGGACGAUAUUGCUGCGGCCAAUAAGAUGCUUGCCACUGCCGAGGAUGUCGGGCGUCGAGCCGUUAGUGUUGCACAUCUUGGAGACAGCCGAGCCUACCUGGGAAUGCGCCUUGUCUUCAAAACGAACGAAGAGGGAUCCUCUCUUUUGUCCACGGCAUUGAUGGAGGGAGUGGAAGAAGAGCCUAUAUCAUGCACUGGAAGUACGAAUAGUACAGAUAAAAUGUACGAUGUUUCUACCGAUAACUCGAGUUCCACGGAGAUCAUGGCUCCCGCACGAAGAAGAUCAUCCACGUGUACUUCUACCGAAAGAACUAUCUCGGCUGAUGUGAGUGAGGAGGAAGAGGAAGAAAUGCCCUUUGCUAUCAGUCCAGACGCUCCAUCAGUUUCGCUGCCAUCCCGGUCGAACCCAUCUGUAUACAACCGAGGUACGAGCGUUUCAAGCAUGAAAAAGUCUUCUACGACAAAGGUUAGUCCCCAAACUAUUCGUAAUCGUUUUAGUGAAGCCCUAGCUUGUUACUUGAAGUCACUGAAGAUGCUUAAGGGAGCCGUUGGAGCGGCACAACGCGUAACAAAAGAUCUAAAGGAUAUCGAAGCUCAGCUUGCACAAAUGAAUUUGAGCAAUCCCAACAAUAAAAUUGGUUCCGAUGUACCAAAGUUGAAGCAGCGCUGCGAAAUUACAUCGAAUUGGUUGUGCUCUCAAUUCAGUGGAGUACUAGAGAGGGCAGAUGCUGCGAAUGCGGAGAUUUCCAAGCUAGUUGGUAGUGGAAGUAGCGAUGUUGGAGAGAAUGCAGGACAUCAGCAAACUGGCAGCACGACGAGUGUCGAAGAACUCAUUUACAAUCAUGCCCUUGCUUCGGGGCGCGAUGGGGCCGUAAAGCAUUUACUUGGGCAAUACGAUGGCGCAAGAUCUUGUUAUCGAUCCGCUGGUUUGCUUGCUGAAACGUUGCUGAUGGAAGUCAAUAUUGGUGCCGACGACCGCAAAAUAUUGGAAGGUUAUGUGGACGGAUUUGCGGCCAGAAUCGGUGAGUUGGAUCAAUUGAUGCUUCAGCAGAGUCGAAUGACGAUAAGUUCCAACACCGCACCAACAUCACAGUCACAGCAGGCGCGUCGUGGAUCGGGAAUCGUUGGUCUCAUCGGGCCUCCUCCUGCAGCAGGGAUGACGUCGUCUCCAUUUGUGGUUGGAUCCCCCAGAUAAAUAGAAGGACUUAGCACCGCAAUUCGGCAUGAAACUGCUGGGAACUACCAUUUGCGCCUCAUUAUGCCAAACUGCAUGAUUUAAUUUCUGCAUGUCUAUAUGUGUUCCCUUGAUAAGACUUGAUUAAUGGAAGGAAGGAAUCCAUCUAUUUUACACUUGUAACAGAUCUGCAUAAAUAUUACUGUAAUUUCAAAAAUAAUUAAGGAAUCAUUUG